GUCAUCAAUGCUGGCAUUGUGCCUUACCUGGUGGAAGUUCUCAGACGGGGUGACUACAAGACCCAGAAGGAGGCAGUUUGGGCAGUGACCAACUACACCAGCGGAGGCACAGUAGAUCAAGUGGUUUACCUUGUUCAGGCCAACGUACUAGAACCCUUGUUGAACCUGCUCUCCACUAAGGACAGCAAAACUAUUCUUGUCAUCUUGGAUGCAAUCACCAAUAUCUUUUUGGUAUGCUUUUUGUUGACAUGAAAU